GUGACGUCCGAGAAAUCGGGGCGUUACAUUGUGGUAUCAGAGCUCCGGUUGAGAAACCAGAGCACUAAGGGUUUUGGGCUUACGAGUUUCCGAACUCGUGGUGUUUUGUUUGAUAAAUGUGUUUUCAAAACUUCGCGGUGAGAUUGGGUAGACUUGUUUGCUAAGAUGUUUGAAGUGUGAUCUUAUUUGGAGUGGAGUAUCAAUGCCAUGAUGCUUUGGUUGAAAGUUUUUACUGUUAGAUGAUCUCUCUGACUGAGGAACUGACGUUUGGUUGUGGUUUUAUCAACAAGCAGGUUUGACAUCAUGCCUCCUAGACAGGACCCAACUAACGCUCAGCUCGCUCAGGCCAUGGCUCAAUUGGCCCAAGUGGUGGCUCAGCAGGCCAAUGCUAGUGUUACGAUGGCCGCUGCCCAAGCUCAGAGAGAGGCUGAAGAACAUGCCAGAAGGGCGCAGAGGUUGGAACGGGAGCUGAACCAGGAUCAGGUCAGGAUGAGAACUGAUUUCAAUCGGCAGAACCCGCCAAAGUUUGAAGGGGAAGUUGAACCCGAGAAAGCGGAUCUUUGGAUCCAAGAGCUGGAAAAGAUUUUUGAAGCUUUGCACACAACUGAUGGAGAGAAGGUGAAUCUCGCUACCUUCAUGCUGAAAGGGGAUGCAGAGUACUGGUGGAGGAGCACCAGGCUGUUGAUGACGACUAACCAGGUGGCUAUUACCUGGGAUUCAUUCAAAACAGCUUUUCUGAACAAGUACUUUCCAGAGACUGCAAGAGAUGAUAUGGAGAACCGUUUCCUCAGACUGAAACAAGGAAGCAUGACUGUUGGGGAAUAUGCAGCCAAGCUGGAGAGUCUGUCGAAGUACUUUCGCUUCUUCCGAGAACAAGUUGAUGAAGGGUAUCUCUGCAACCGUUUCAUGAUUGGUUUGAGGGAUGAAAUUGAGGAGUCCGUCAGACCUUUGGGAGUCAGAGUCUUUCAACAACUGGUUGAGAAGUCUCGCGAGGUUGAGGUCAUGAAGAAUCGUCGAGGGAACCGACAGGAAAGUGGAGGGCCAAUCAGGUCUGGUCAGAAACAAGCUGGGAAGACUGAAAAGGGUAGGGCUGGUCAGAAGAAGCCUUAUCAGAAUGCAACUGGUAGGACAUCAUCUACCAAAGUCGGAGCAAAAACUCCGAGAGAAGAUGUUACUUGUUUCAAGUGUAAUGAGAAAGGGCACUAUGCCAAUGAAUGUGGGAAAGAGAUUACUUGCUGGAAGUGCCAGAAGACGGGGCACAUCUCGACAAACUGUCCUGAUGCGCCAAAAGCUGAACCUGUGUUGAAUACGGCAAGGGGGAGACGUCCAGUUGCUAAGGGACGUGUCUUUGCUGUUACUGGCAAGCAAGCUGAGGGUGUUGAAGAUCUUAUUCAGGGUACGUGUACUAUUGCUGGUAUCUCCUUGAUGGUUUUGUUUGAUUCGGGUGCUACGCACUCGUUUAUAUCUGAUGAGUGUGCGAAGAAAAUAGGGUUGCUAACCUCAGAGUUACUUUUCGAUAUGGUGGUGACAACCCCUGCUGCCGAUCGCUUAGUUACUCGCACGGCAUGCUUGAAAUGUCCGUUGGUUUACGAGGAUCGGAAGUUCCUUGCAAACCUUAUAUGUUUAGGGCUUAAAGAGCUCGAUGUGAUUCUGGGGAUGGACUGGUUGGCGCAAUAUCAUGUUCUUUUGGAUUGUGCUAACAAGGCCGUGGUAUUUCCGGAUUCAGGCGUUACGGAUUAUUUGAAUUCGUACCAUUUGAAGAAGGGUUCACCGGCGUUCGUGAACUCUAUCGUGGCGGAAGCAAGAAACGAUAGUGAUGUACGGAACAUCUCGAUAGUGCAAGACUAUGUGGAUGUUUUUCCGGAGGAUGUGCCCGGAUUGCCACCAGUAAGGGAGACGGAGUUCUCCAUUGACAUCAUGCCCGACACGGGACCGAUAUCGAUGGCGCCGUAUCGGAUGGCACCAGCGGAAUUGAUGGAAUUGGCAAAACAGUUGGAUGAUCUCUCUUCAAAGGGAUUUAUUCGACCGAGUGUGUCUCCUUGGGGAGCGCCAGUGUUGUUGGUAAAGAAGAAGGACGGGAGGUCCAGGUUGUGUGUAGAUUACCGACAACUAAACAAGGUGACAGUGAAGAAUCGUUAUCCGAUGCCUCGGAUAAACGACUUGAUGGACCAACUUCGGGGAGCAGUUGUUUUCUCGAAGAUUGAUCUGAAAUCAGGGUAUCACCAGAUUCGGGUGAAGGAGGCUGACAUUCAGAAGACGGCAUUCAGAACUCGAUAUGGACAUUAUGAAUAUCUCGUGAUGCCAUUUGGAGUUACUAAUGCACCCGCAGUUUUUAUGGACUACAUGAACCGUGUGUUCAGGCCAUUCUUGGACAAGUUCGUGGUGGUGUUCAUAGACGAUAUUCUAAUUUACUCGAAGAGUAAGGAGGAACAUGAGGAGCAUUUACGUCAAGUGCUAGAGGUGUUGCGGAAGAAGGAACUCUAUGCUAAUGGAGGAAAGUGUGAGUUCUGGAUGGAGGAAGUGAAGUUCCUUGGUCAUGUCAUAUCUAGCAAAGGUGUGGCAGUGGACCCCAGCAAAAUUGAAUCAGUUUUGGCAUGGGAACAACCGAAGACAGCAAGUGAUAUCAGAAGUUUUGUUGGGCUUGCUGGCUACUAUCGGCGUUUCGUGAAGGAUUACGCCAAGUUGACUGCACCGUUGACUCAUUUGACAAAGAAGGAUCAACCGUUUGCGUGGACGGAGAAGUGUGAGGCUAGCUUCCAAGAAAUGAAGAAGCGGUUGACCACCGCACCUGUAGAGAGGUUGGCGAAGAUAUACAUUGCUGAGAUUGUACGCUUGCACGGUGUGCCAUCUAGCAUUGUGUCGGACAGAGACCCGAGGUUUACCUCGCGUUUCUGGGAAGCUUUGCAGCGGGCUUUGGGAACCAGGUUGAAAUUGAGUUCCGCUUAUCAUCCACAGACGGAUGGGCAAACCGAGAGGACCAUCCAAUCCUUGGAGGAUUUGCUAAGAGCUUGUGUACUGGAUCACAAAGGCAGCUGGGAUGAGAUGUUGCCAUUGAUCGAGUUCACUUACAACAACAGUUUUCAUGCAAGUAUAGGGAUGGCGCCUUAUGAAGCGUUGUAUGGUCGGAGGUGCCGAAAAAUGGCUCAUCUCACUGAAGAAGACCUCCUCCGCUUUCGCCGUGAACAACAAGCUGCUCGUGAAAAAAGGAACCCCUCAAAAUCUAUCGCCGACCAAGAUACCAGCGAUUCUGGCACUGAAGUUGGCCGCCCUACCAAGAAAAAGAAGAAGAAUGAAGAACCUACCUCUCAGAAAAACAAAGCUUCUAACCAGACCUCUUUGGAACGAUUCAUGAACAAAAAUGACUCUUCCGGGGCGAACAAAGGCUGUUCAUCAAGCGCUCAGCCUAUUUGCUGGAAGAACUUGUUUAAGGAGUUUGAAGAACUAACCUCCACUGAAGUAACUUCACUUUGGGAUUCAAAGAUAGAUUUCAACUCUUUGGUGGAGACGAACCUGGUGUUUGAGGCUGAUCGUGAGAAAAUGAGGAAGAUGGGUUUGAAAGAAGCUUGUCAAGCUAUGAUGACCAAGGGUUUGGAGAUUGCUGCAGUCGCCAAGAUGAUUGACUUAGAAUCCAACGGAUUCGAUGGCCUCACCAACGCCAAACUUGUUGAAGAAAAAGAAAAAGAAAUGGGGAAGUUGAAAGCAACGUUGAAGUUGUUAGAUUAA